CCUCCCGCCCGCGAAGGAGGAGGAGCUGCCGCCGCCGCGCCCGCGCCGCAGCCGGGGAGGCCACGCCAGCCCUCGGACAGGCCGAGCGGGAGUCGCGGAGCGCUGGUGGAGCCGACCGCGCGGGCCGGGCGCCGCGGGAGAAGAUGAAUUUACAACUGAUUUUCUGGAUUGGACUGAUCAGUUCAGUUUGCUAUGUGUUUGGCCAAGCAGAUGAAAAUAGAUGUUUAAAAGCAAAUGCCAAAUCAUGUGGAGAGUGUAUACAAGCAGGGCCAAAUUGUGGAUGGUGCACAAAUUCAACAUUUUUACAAGAAGGAAUGCCUACUUCUGCUCGAUGUGAUGAUUUGGAAGCCUUAAGAAAGAAGGGUUGUCAUCCAGAUGACAUUGAAAAUCCCAGAGGCUCCAAAAAUAUAAAGAAAAAUAAAAAUGUAACCAACCGUAGCAAAGGGACAGCAGAGAAGCUGCAGCCGGAAGAUAUCACUCAGAUCCAACCACAGCAGUUGGUUUUGCAGUUACGAUCAGGGGAGCCACAGACGUUUACGUUGAAAUUCAAGCGAGCUGAGGACUAUCCCAUUGAUCUCUACUACCUUAUGGACCUCUCCUACUCCAUGAAAGACGACUUGGAGAACGUGAAAAGCCUUGGAACAGAUCUGAUGAAUGAAAUGAGGAGGAUUACUUCAGACUUCCGAAUUGGAUUUGGCUCUUUUGUGGAAAAAACUGUGAUGCCUUACAUUAGCACAACACCAGCUAAGCUCAGGAACCCUUGCACAAGUGAACAGAACUGUACCAGCCCAUUUAGCUACAAAAAUGUGCUCAGCCUUACUGAUAAAGGGGAAGUAUUUAAUGAACUUGUUGGUAAACAGCGCAUAUCUGGAAAUUUGGAUUCUCCAGAAGGUGGCUUUGAUGCAAUCAUGCAAGUUGCCGUUUGUGGAUCGUUGAUUGGCUGGAGGAAUGUGACACGGCUGCUGGUGUUUUCCACGGAUGCUGGGUUUCACUUUGCUGGAGAUGGGAAACUUGGUGGCAUUGUUUUACCGAAUGAUGGACAGUGUCACCUGGAAAAUGAUGUAUACACAAUGAGCCAUUACUACGAUUAUCCUUCUAUUGCUCACCUUGUCCAAAAACUAAGCGAAAAUAACAUUCAGACGAUUUUUGCAGUUACUGAAGAAUUUCAGCCCGUUUACAAGGAACUGAAAAAUUUGAUCCCCAAGUCAGCAGUAGGAACAUUAUCUGCAAAUUCCAGCAAUGUAAUUCAGUUGAUCAUCGAUGCAUACAAUUCCCUUUCCUCAGAAGUCAUUUUGGAAAACAGCAAAUUACCAGAAGGAGUAACAAUAAAUUACAAAUCUUACUGCAAAAAUGGGGUGAAUGGAACAGGGGAAAACGGGAGAAAAUGCUCCAAUAUUUCCAUUGGGGAUGAGGUUCAGUUUGAAAUUAGCAUAACUGCCAAUAAAUGUCCAAAUAAGAAUUCUGAAACUAUUAAAAUUAAGCCUCUGGGCUUCACUGAAGAAGUAGAGAUAAUCCUUCAGUUCAUCUGCGAAUGUGAAUGCCAGAGCGAGGGCAUCCCCAGCAGCCCCAAGUGCCAUGACGGCAAUGGGACGUUUGAGUGUGGGGCCUGCAGGUGCAACGAGGGACGUGUUGGGAGACAUUGUGAAUGUAGCACAGACGAGGUGAACAGUGAAGACAUGGACGCUUACUGCAGGAAAGAGAACAGUUCAGAAAUCUGUAGCAACAAUGGAGAGUGUGUCUGCGGACAGUGUGUAUGUAGGAAGAGGGAUAAUACAAACGAAAUUUAUUCUGGCAAAUUCUGCGAGUGUGAUAAUUUCAACUGUGAUAGAUCCAAUGGCUUAAUUUGUGGAGGAAAUGGUGUUUGCAAGUGUCGAGUGUGUGAGUGCAACCCCAACUACACUGGCAGCGCCUGUGACUGUUCUUUGGAUACUACGUCCUGCAUGGCUGUAAAUGGACAGAUCUGCAAUGGCCGGGGUGUCUGUGAAUGUGGGGUCUGUAAGUGUACAGAUCCCAAGUUCCAAGGGCCAACUUGUGAGAUGUGUCAGACCUGCCUCGGAGUCUGUGCUGAGCAUAAAGAAUGUGUUCAGUGCCGAGCCUUCAAUAAAGGAGAAAAGAAAGAUACAUGUGCCCAGGAAUGUUCACAUUUCAACAUUACCAAGGUUGAAAAUCGGGACAAAUUGCCCCAGCCAGGCCAGGUCGAUCCCUUGUCCCAUUGUAAGGAGAAGGACGUUGAUGAUUGCUGGUUCUACUUCACAUACUCGGUGAAUGGGAACAAUGAGGCCACUGUUCAUGUUGUAGAGACUCCAGAGUGUCCCACUGGUCCAGACAUUAUUCCAAUUGUAGCUGGUGUGGUUGCUGGAAUUGUUCUCAUUGGCCUUGCACUGCUGCUCAUUUGGAAGCUUUUAAUGAUUAUUCACGACAGAAGGGAAUUUGCCAAAUUUGAAAAGGAAAAAAUGAAUGCCAAAUGGGACACGGUGAGUUGGAAGACAUCUAAAAAGGAAUAUAACUCUUCUAAGACAUGUUUAGUAAUUCUCAAGCUGAUUAUUAAAGUCCUUUAAAUAUUUUAUUCCCCCAAGACUUUACUCAGAAAAUUUGCAUUUAGCCAAAACCAGAAAACACCCUAAAUAACGUCACAUUAAAACAAAACAAUGUUUAUUCUGGUUACUAUGGUUAAUAUUUUUAUUUCUAUAAUAGUUUUGUCUUUUUUCUUUUUUAGGGCCACACCUGCAACAUGUGGAGGUUCCCAGGCUGGGGGUAUAAUUGGAGCUGUAGCCACCGGCCAGAGCCACAGCAACACCAGAUCCGAGCCGCAUCUGCAACCUACAACACAGUUCACGGCAACGCCAGAUCCUUAACCCACCGAGUGAGGACAGGGAUCAAACCCACAACCUCAUCGUUCCUAGUUGGAUUCUUUUCAUCUGCGCCACCACGGGAACUCCUAUUUCUGUAAUAGUUUUGAUCUUAAAUCUGAACUUCUGACUUUUCUUAUGAAAGAUAUAAUCCUCAAUAAUGUUAUAUGUGUAGCAAUAGAAGGUUUCUUCUUGCUUUCUUUAUUUUUUCAACAAAGAACCUUGAAUGGAAAGCAGCCAGACUCAAAGGGCUGCUGUACGAUUUAUAUGAGUGUUGAAGAGGCACAACUAUAGGGGCAGAGAUGAGAUCAGUGGUUUCUAAGGCCUGGAGUUGGGGAUCUAGGGAUGGUCUCCACUGUGGGUGUGUUUUUACAUUUGAGAAUUCAUGGACCUGUGUAGUUCAGGGUAUUUUUACUCUGCAAAUUACAACCCGAUAACCCUUGCUUUAUACAAAAUUUAAAAGCUGUAAGUGAUGCAAGUUUAUGCGAGCAUUUAGGGCUUUGAAGUAGGGGUGACAGGGUGGGGCGGCCGAGGUUGGCCCUAUGAUUUCAUCUUUUGGUAGAAGAAAGCAGUGACAGUCUUCAGGGUUUUAAAUUGUAAAUGAACCUUAGUCAUUUGCAUUUUCCUACCACUUGCUUGGGUUUUUAAAAAAAGUGAUGAAUUCCAGGAAGUGUAAAAAUAGUAAAAUUUCUCUCUUAAAGUGUUUAAUCACUAUGUAUGUCAUUUUUUUCUGAUGAAAUCAUUAGAAACUAUUUCUUUCACUUUAGCAAGAAAAUCCGAUUUACAAGAGUCCUAUUAAUAAUUUCAAGAAUCCAAACUAUGGACGUAAAGCUGGUCUCUAAGUUGCCGUUCGUAUUUUCUUUGAUUUUCUGUCUUUGCAUGUGAAAUUUACCCUUUUUACUGCACUGUGUGUCAUUUAUCACUUUUGCUUUUUUUUAGUCUGGCUUUAUAUGGCUAUACUAUGGCUUUUCUUUUUUGUGUUAAUUAGAAUAAGUGUUUUGAAGGGCUUUGAAUUAAGCUUGCUUUAUGGUGUAGAAGCAGCAGCUUUGUUGUAGUGAAAAGAGAAUGCGCUUUGUGAUCAGACCUGGGUGGAGUCCCAGCUCCUACACUUAGUAAGUAGGAUGGCGCUGAGUCCCUUCACUUGGCAGAGCCUUAACAGGGGUCAGUAAUGAUGUGCAGUGUGGUUGUUUUUGGCUAAUGAUAAAUGAGUGGCAGCCUGUCAGUUAUAAUCCUCACUGCAGUCCUUUGCCUUGGGUGGUGGUGUUAUUCUUAUAUAACAAAUCAUUAUAUGUAAGUUUUAGGGUGAAAAAGUGAAAAGUGAAUGUGAAAUCCCAGCUUUAAAAUAGGAGAAUAAAUAAAACCUGUCAUAACAUUUAUGUAAUCUUUAACUACAAUAUCAUUGUAUUUGGUUGAAUUGGUUCUAGAAAUAUUUUUAAAAGCUUUAGUCCUUGAUUGUAACUUAAAUCUCUUUAAAAUCCAGAACUUCUUACUUAUAUGUGUACUUUCUUGUUAGUUAUUGAAUAAUUCUAAUAUUCAAGGUUCUGAAAUUCAACUUUCCUGGAAAGGUAACAAAGACUUUAAAAGAGAACAGUUCUAUUCACAGUUUUAAAUAAAACUUGGUUGAAAAUUUCAUGGUGGUAGUAAAUAAGUAAAUAAGUAAAGCUUGGUUUACUUAUUCUGUCAGCUAAGGUAAGUUAUUUUGAUGAGUGUAUGUUUUACUUAGAUGACAAAUUUAUCAUGUUUUUUUUAUUACUAGUAGAUAGGAUUCUUUCUUAUAACUGAUUUUUCAUGAAGUGCUUCUAGCUUUUUUUUUUUUUUUUUUUUUUUAAGAACUGCACCCACUACGUAUGGAAAUUCUCAGGCUAGGGGUUGAAUUGGAGUUGGAGCUGCCAGCCUACACCACAGCCGCAGCAACACCGGAUCCGAGCCGCAUCUGCAACCUACACUGCAGCUCACGGCAACACUAGACCCAUAACCCAUUGAGUAGGGCUGCUUCUUCAUGGAUGCUAGUCGGGUUCACUACCCCAGAGUCCUAAUGGGAACUUCUAGCAUCUUUUAAUGUAAUUACGUAAGCCCCUAAAACUCUGUGAACAAAAGGUUGUGAUUAGAGCUAUUUCUCCUGACUGGCGAUCCAGAACUUUCCUAACUACUUUUAUUCUUACUUAACAUAGGAGAAAACUGAGGUAACUUGACCAAGUUCACAUGACUAGUCAGUGGAUGGGCAAACCGCUCUGUUACCUAGAAACCGGCACUGCAGAUUUCUCUACUGAGAAUGUACUUACAAAAUGAUAACAAAUGACAUUUUUUUUUUUUGGUCUUUUAGGGCUGCAUCUGCAGCUUGUGGAGGUUCCCAGGCCAGGGGGUCCGAUCAGAGCUGUACCCGCUGGCCUAUACCACCGGCACAGCAAACAGGAUCCGAGCCACAUCUGUGACUACACCACAGCUCACGCCAGCGACAGAUCCUUAACCCACUGAGCGAGGCCAGGGAUCCAACCUUCGUCCUCGUGCGUGCCAGUCAGGUUCAUUAACCGCUGAGCCACAACGGGAACUCCUAAAUAAGAUCUUAAAGUAUAGGAAAGUUUAAUAUUUUUAAGAGAUACAGGCAAUACCAAUAACAUUAGAAAAACCGUUGCUUCUCAGAGUUUUCUCUUAUUUCUAAGCAGAUUUUUAAGACUUUUGAAAUGGCAAAGUUGUAUUUGUUGGGAGAAAAUUACAGUUAGAUUCAUGUGUGGAUAAUCUGGUACAUUUUCUGUUUAUAAGAGACUUGAUAACAUUCUUUUCUUUCUCAUUUAAUACUUCCUAGAAAGUCAUUUUUAGGAGGAAACUGAUUUGCUGGGAUUUCUUCUCUUCUCUGCUUCUUGUCUCUUUUCUCCCUUUCCCUUCAUAUGGUUACAACUUCUUAUAUGAGAAAAAUUUCUGUAUCUCCUUUUGAAAGGUGAAAUUUUCACCUUUGCGUAUGUUAAAUUGUGCUUUGAAGGAAAUUAUCAAUAAUUAAUAGUGAAACUUAAUGUUUUUAUUAACUCAGUUUUUGGCUAAAAUAUUACUUCUUUAGUCAAAAUACGCAUUUUGACUAGUUCAAGAAGUGAAAGUUUGAUAAAAAUUUCUUUAUUGAUCAGUGAAAUCCAGGCAAAUUAAUGGGUAUAAGUUAUCCUGAGAGAUUUUCUCAAGGAAAAUUAAGGUAAAAAUAAACAAUAGAAAUUAAUGAGUGAACAUUAAAAAAUUAAAUCAUGGGAGUUCCCAUUGCAGCUCAGUGGUUAAGGAAUCCGACUAGGAACCAUGAGGUUGCAGGUUCGAUCCCUGGCCUUGCUCAGGGGGUUAAGGAUCCGGCAUUGCCGUGAGCUGUGGUAUAGGUUGCAGACGCGGCUCGGAUCCCGCGUUGCUGUGGCUCUGCGUAGGCUGGUGGCUACAGCUCCGAUUAGACCCCUAGCCUGGGAACCUCCAUAUGCCGCAGGAGCGGCCCUAGAAGAGACAAAAAGACAAAAAAAAAAAAAAUUAAAUCAUGGCUUAUAAAGCUCUUUUCCAAUAUGGAACUAAGGUUGCCAAUCAGUUAAUUAUGUCAUUAAUAUAUUUCAGAUAAUAGGAAGGCAUUCUAAUCAUUUCAGCA